AACAGUAUAAAACUACACUCUAUAAGACAAGAAUCUCAUCGAUUUGUGGAAGAGAAAUACAAAAACACAAAAGAAACCCUAAAAUCUCUUUCUUCUUGUGUAUCUCCAAUGGCUAGUAGAAGCUCGAACCGUAGUAGUUCUCUGGGGACAACAAACGAAGUCGAGAAGAUCUUCAACAAGUUUGACAAGAACGGAGACGGGAAGAUCUCGCACGACGAGUUGAACGACGUCCUCCGUGCAUUAGGGUCUCAAACGACAUCGGACGAGGUGAGUUGCAUAAUGUCAGAGAUUGACAAGGACGGUGAUGGCUUCAUAAGCUUUGGCGAGUUCGCUAAGUUUUAUAUGAAUGGAUCGACAACACCUGAGUCAUCGACCAAGGAGCUUCGUGAAGCGUUUGAUUUGUAUGAUCUCGACAAGAAUGGAUUGAUCUCUGCGAAUGAACUUCAUGAGGUGCUGAGGCGGUUGGGUGAGAAGUGUACGCUUGUUGAGUACUGUUCGAAGAUGAUUAGCUCGUUUGAUACUGAUGGUGAUGGACAUGUUAAUUUCGAGGAGUUCAAGAACAUGAUGAAACAGAGUUCAAGAACAUGA